CCCAGCUCUGCCUCCUGACAGUGCAGCUUUUCCCCAAGAGAAGGCACCUUCGAAGGGAAGGGAAUGGCCUCAGCCCAUCAGGAAUCAGUGACCUUCCAGGACGUGGCCGUGGACUUCUCCCGGGAGGAGUGGGGACGGCUGGCCGCUCCUCAGAAGGAGCUGUAUCGGGAGGUGAUGCUGGAGAACUACGGGAACCUGGUGUGCCUGGGACUUACAGUUUCCAAACCUGAUGUAAUCUACCGGUUAGAGCAUAGAUGUGUGCCUUGGAUGCCAGAAGGGGGUGGCUUAAGAAACAGCUAUUCAGAUCAGGAGCCUUACCACAAAACCAAUGAGUCAAUCCAGGAAUUGUGUAUUUCUUUGGAAGAAUCAACUCAGGAAAGAGUCCCAAAGGAUGGUUCUUGUUUUUUGAAAUUUCAAGAAGCUUGGGAAUGUGAUGGCAGGUUAAAGAAACAAUGGAACAAUGGGGAAAAACAUUUUCACCAAGUAAAAAUGACUCAAAAGAAGUACCAUGAAUAUAAUAAAUAUUGCAGAAGCUUCAGUCUAGAGCCAGUCAUCACUUUUCCACAACAAAGGAGAGAAAAGAGUCUCAGUAACAGUUAUACAAAGAAAAAAUGCUUCAGAGCAUAUUCAGAUUUAAGAAAAAGUAAUAAAAUAUGUUUAAAUAAGAUAUUUCCUAAGAAAAAUGAUGGCAAAGAAAAGCUUUCCAAAUGUAUUCAAUAUAGGAAGCCCUUCAGCCAAGGGACAAGACUUACUCUACAACAGAAAAUUCACACUAGUGAGAAACCUUAUGAAUGUAAUGACUGUGGAAAAGCCUUUAGCCUGAAGAUAGGACUUACUCAACAUAGGAGAAUUCAUACCGGUGAGAAACCUUAUGCAUGUGAUGAAUGUGGAAAGGCCUUCAUUCAGAGGAUAGGACUUAUUCAACAUAAGAGAAUUCAUGCUGGUGAGAAACCUUUUAAAUGUGAUGAAUGUGGAAAGGCCUUUGCUCAAAAUCAAAAUCUUAAAAAACAUUAUAGAAUUCAUACUGGAGAGAAGCCUUAUGAAUGUAAUGAAUGUGGAAAGGCUUUCAGGUGGAAAGCAGGGCUUACUAAACAUCAGACAAUACAUACUGGUGAGAAACCUUAUAAAUGUAAUGAAUGUGGGAAGGCCUUCAGCCAGAGGAUAGGGCUUACUCAACAUCAGAAAAUUCAUAAAGCUGAGAAGCCUUAUGAAUGUAAUGAAUGUGGAAAGGCCUUUAGUCAAAGGGUAGGACUUAUUCAACAUCAGAGGAUUCAUACUGGUGAGAAACCUUAUGAAUGUAGUGAAUGUGGCAAAGCUUUCAGCCAGUGGAUAGGACUUACUCGACAUCAGAGAAUCCAUACUGGUGAGAAACCUUAUGAAUGUAAUGAAUGUGGAAAGGCCUUUAGCCAGAGGAUAGGACUUAAUAACCAUCAGACAAUUCAUAGUGGUGAGAAACCUUUUCAAUGUAUUGAAUGUGGGAAGGCCUUCCGAUUGAGAUCACAGCUUACUCAACAUCAAAGAACUCAUACUGGAGAGAAGCCUUAUGAAUGUAAUGCAUGUGGGCAGGCUUUUGUUCAAAAGAUAGGACUUACUCAUCAUCAGAGAAUUCAUACUGUUGAAAAACUGCAUAAAUGUAAAGUAUGUGGGAAGACCUUCAGUCAUAGGCCACUACUUAAACAGCAUAGUAGAAUUCAUGUUGGAGAGAAACCUUAUAAAUGUAGUGAAUGUGGGAAGGCCUUUAGGCAAAAGACAGGACUUACUCAACAUCAGACAAUUCAUACUGGUGAGAAACCUCAUGAAUGUAAUGAAUGUGGUAAGGCCUUCCGCUUGAGAGCACAGCUUAUACGACAUCAGAGAAUUCAUACUGGUGAGAAACCUUUUAAAUGUAAUGAAUGUGGGAAAGCUUUCAGCCAGAGGACAGUACUUGUUCAUCAUCAGACAGUUCAUACUGGUGAAAAACCUUAUGAAUGUAAUGAAUGUGGGAAGGCUUUCAGCUGGCGGGCAGGACUUACUCACCAUCAGAGAAUUCAUACUGGUGAGAAGCCUUAUGAAUGUAAUGAAUGUGGGAAGGCUUUCAGUCAGUGGAUAGAUCUUACUCGACAUCAGAGAAUUCACACUGGUGAGAAACCUUAUGAGUGUAAUGAAUGUGGGAAGUCAUUCCGCUUAAGAGCACAACUCAACCAACAUCAGAGGAUUCAUACUGGUGAGAAACCUUAUGAAUGUAAUGAAUGUGAUAUAGCCUUUCGAUGGAAAGUAGCACUUAUUCAACAUCAGACAAUUCAUACUGGAGAGAAAUCAUGAAUAUAAUCAAUGAAUGUGGGAAGGCCUUUGGCUAGAAGGCAGUUCUCAUUCAACGUCAAAGAUUCAACAUGUCAUCCUGGAGAGUAACUUUUUGGACAUAUAAAUAUGAGAAGGCCUGUUAUUAGAGGGCAAGAGUUAUUCAACAUUAGAAAAUUCAUAUUCUUAAGAAACCUUGUGAUUUGAGGAGGUCUUGUUCCAUAUUGUGCUUAAUGGUAUGACUAUUUUUGAGAGAUGACUCUUGGUAACUAAUAGAUAUCAAAGGGGAGCUUAUAAGAGAGAGGCCAGAAAUAACAGCUAGAUAUAGGCUCGAAGAUUCACUUUCCUUUGCCAUGUUUUCUGAGCAGCUGUUAUUCUGGACACUUUUGGGAGCCUAAUCUUAGUGGAAAUAAUGCAACAGUCCUUAAGAAUAUUCUUUGGAUUGAGAUUUACAGUGAGAGAUUCUUGGGAUCCCUGUUAUAACAUAGCCAUAAGCUAUCCAGUAUCCAAAAAAGGGAGGGGGGGACCCUGUUGGCCUGGAAAGGGAGUUUGGUAUUUAAUUUGCAUACCUGAAAAGGAGGUGGUAUUUUAUAGGUGAGCAAUGUAGGUUGCUAGAAGUCAGUCAGUACUAAUACCAUUUGUCAGUUAAGAAACUUAUGGCCAAGAGAGGUAAGCAAUCUUGCCUGCUUUGAGAAGAGGCUCAGUGCUUUCAUUUAGGAUGUUUCCCAGUGGAAUGUGGAACAAAAAGGACUGUAGAGAUUGACGGAUGGAUCUACUGUAAUCCAUCUUCACCCCCAGUGCAAUGUUGACCUUACACUUCCAGCUUCUGAGCAACAACAAACUACAAGGAUUAUAGAAAAAAAAUCUUCCUCAGUUUCUUUAAAUCAGAACUUAAUUAUUUGCUUAAUUGAAAUAGCUUAUACACCCUAAUUUUCUAUCUAUAGAUCAAUCAAAAUUGGGAUGCUGAAAGGGAAAAAAAAAUAACCCUCUCCCUUUGAAGAGAGGACUAGAUCUCAACAAAGUUAAAUAUUUCCUUUAUUUCUUCACAUAAAAUGGUAGAAUACUGCUGUCAGUGUUGUCUUUUGGCUGAAUUUUAUUCUUCUGUAAUUGCUUGGUGACAAGGGCAAUCAGCUAGGGACACAAAUAGAACUGGAAAAAAAAAAUUUAACUAUUUUAGGAAAAAAUGAGCAUUAAAAAGUCCUUGGUCUGACUUGAAUCAAA